AUGGCUUUGAACAAGUCCAUUUCUUUCAAGGGAGAACAAUCACUUGGUCAAGAUUUAAUUACGAAAAUGUAUAAAGGCAUGACAUUGCUAAACACCAUGGAUAGAAUCCUUUAUGAAUCUCAAAGACAAGGGCGCAUUUCUUUUUAUAUGACCAGCUUUGGUGAAGAAGGUACACAUUUUGGGAGUUCUGCUGCUUUAGAUCCUCAAGAUCUAAUAUAUGGGCAGUACAGAGAAGCUGGUGUUUUGAUGUAUCGAGGCUACACUUUGGAUCAAUUCAUCAACCAAUGUUACGGAAAUAAAAUGGACAUAGCGAAAGGCCGGCAGAUGCCGGUUCAUUAUGGUCUAAAAUCUUUGAAUUUUAUGUCUAUAUCUUCACCUCUUGCGACUCAAAUGCCUCAAGCAGUCGGAAGUGCUUAUGCUUUGAAGAGAUCCCAAACUGGUCUUUGUGUGAUGUGCUAUUUUGGAGAGGGUGCAUCCAGCGAAGGUGAUGCUCAUGCUGCAUUUAAUUUUGCUGCCACCCUUAACUGUCCUAUAAUUUUCUUUUGUCGAAACAAUGGGUAUGCCAUAUCAACCCCUACGCAUGAGCAAUACAGAGGAGAUGGAAUUGCUGCAAGAGGACCGGCCUAUGGAAUACCAUCUAUUAGAGUUGAUGGAAAUGAUAUUCUAGCUGUGUACAAUGUGACUAAAGCAGCCCGCCAAUUAGCUGUUGAAGAAUCUAAGCCAACUUUGAUUGAAGCCAUGACAUACAGGAUAGGCCAUCACAGUACAUCAGAUGACAGCAGUGCUUAUCGCUCUGUAGAUGAAGUGAGGUUUUGGCACCAGAAAGAUCAUCCUAUAUCUCGACUACGAAAAUAUAUGGAAAAUCAAGGAUGGUGGGAUGACUCCAAGGAAAAAUCUUGGAAAGAAGAAACUAAAAAACAAUUAUUAAUAUCAUAA